AUGCCGCCCAAACCUGCCCUUACCAGCUCUUUUCUCGUGUCGACGGAUGCAGAAAAUGAGGUUGUGUGUCCGCUCACAAACCAAGAUGGCUCGCAGUGCAGAAAGAGAUGCAUUGGGGAAAAACGCUACCGGUCGAUGCAAGAGCACAUUCGACGCGCCCACCCCGAUCAUUAUAUCCCCAAAUUGCCUGCUACAGAGGAGAGUUUCCAGUUAAUGAUCAGUACUCCUCCCUCGCAACGCCCACAUGUCCAACAGACUGCCGCCCUUCCUGCCCAAAGAGGCCCUUCGGGUACUAGUGAAAAUGUCGCCUCGUUAGGACAAACCGGAUCAGGGACUUUGACUGCGCAACCUCCUGCCGCAGCCAAUGCUGCUGUUGCCCUUACCCAACUCCACCAGUGGGACUCCGAUUUUGAUGUUUUCCCAGAGUCAGACUACAAACGCGAGACCUCAGGUCUUGAGCUGCCAUCAUUACGCGCACAGUUCCACGAAGAUACAUUUCAGCCUGCUCGCCCGCGAGAACUAUUACCCUCUCUUCUGCAGUCACCGGGCAGCCGGUACUCAUCCUUACCACCCAUCCAACGACGCGGCGAGAAACUGCCACGACCCCGAAAGCCGUCGAUGGGGCAAAAUGCGCGCAAGGGCAAGCACGAACGCGGAAAAUCUAGGGAAUUUUCGGCCAAGGAUUUCUCCCGAAGGCUGAGCGUCGAAGGCCGAAAAGCAAUGUCUGCAGAACCGCCCACCGCGGCUUGGGUUCAAGGCAAGAGAUGGGAAGAUCUGAUCGAGGCUGCCACGAGUGCUACUGAGGCUGAUGAUGAUCGUGAUCUCACUCCCAUGCCGCAGUCGCCAAACUUUCCGCCCUCUACCACUGUUGCCGCCACCGCUGCUGGCACGGGCACCACCACCACCACGACCGCUCGUAGAUUGUCCGCCGCGGACAGCAUGUCGACCAGUGGGGAGGCCAACAAGCGUUCAUCGCUACCCCCGGGCUUCCGUCCCUUUGGUCAUCACCUACACCACCAACCUGGGCAAUACAAUGCCUCUCCGCUGCAACGUACCCUGACUCCACCGCCACCAGAUAUCCUGGGACCCAAUGAUCCCGAGCCCUUCCCUUCGGUCGAGUCCCUAGAGAGCGCGGGAUCCGGUCAGAAUUUCCACAUCUCAGGGUCCGGCCUGCCUACGUCGGCGUCGUCCAACGAUAACACUAGCCCCUUACAGCACCAUUCACACCCUUACCAGCACUCCCAAUCGUCCUCAUUUGGCAGCAAAUCGGAUGUAUUGGAGAUCUACUGCGCAUCCUGUAGUCGGCCGUGGCUACUGAAAAAUGCCUUCGCCUGCACCGAGUGUAUCUGUGGCGUCUGCAGCGACUGCGUUGGACAGAUCAUCAGCAGUCCUGUGGUGACGGUCCAACCAGGUCUCGCACCGAUGCGCCGCGGCUGCCCCCGCUGCGGAGUCAUGGGCGGGCGCUGGAAAAGGUUCAACAUUGACAUUCGCUGA